CAAAUGUUUAGUACAGAAGAAUUCAUUCGACAAUAUUAAAACUUAGCUAAUCCUGAUAAAACAAUUAGUCAUUAGGCAAAUUAAUACAUUCUGAAAUUAUAAUAAAGUAAUGAGGCUUUUGCUAUUGCAAAAGAAUUGUUAGAUCAACCAAAUAUUUAAUAAGAAUAUUAAUUCAUAGCAUGUUAAAUGAUAUAUCGAAGAUUGAAAGAAGAAUGUAAUAUUUCUAUCUAACCAUAUCUUCUAUAAUUAUUGGCAAGACCUUUACCAACUGUUGCUUUGAAUUAAGUAUGUUCUUCUUUUGCUGUAAUCAUAGUUGGAAAUCGAUCAUUAUGGGGAGGGUAAAGUUUUAAAUAAUGCUAGAAUAUUAUAGGAGUUGAUUGAAUUAAUGAAAGCUAAAAUGACAAUAGGAAUAGAAAUUUUAACUUAAAUAGCGAUUCAAGGAAAAGAAUGGUAUAAAAAAAGUGAAUAGUUAAGAUUGCAACAAGAGUUUAUUUCAUAAGAAAAUACUUUAUCAGAAAUAUUUCUAAGUUUACUUUAUGUCUAAGAUUUAAGUAUAUUUAAUCAAACAGUUUAUUGUAUUGAAUGUUGGGUAUAAUUCUCAUAUAAUCUAUUCAAAGACUUGAAACUAACUCAAUAAAUAUUAAGUUUAAUACAUUAGACAAUUUAAAAUAAUAUUACAGAAUAUAGUGAUAAAUUAUUUGCCUUAUUAAAUGAAGGUGUCAUAUUCUCAUAAUACAAUAGACAAUAAAAUGUAAAUUCAAUAGAUUCUUCUGUAUUAUAGAAUUUAAAUUUAAUUCUUGAAUUCAUAAUUAAAAUAUACAGUCCUAAUUUAUCAAAAGGAUAUGCUUCAUUUGCAACAAAAUUUAUUUGUGAUUUUUAUUCAAUAGUUUUUAAUUCUCAAUAUGAAUAAGCAGUUUUUAAUUUGAUGGGUAAUAUUGUAAGUAAUCCAUCAAGAAAAAUUGCCUUUUAAACAUUUGAAUUUUGGAGUUAGAUGAGAGAAUAUAAUAAAUUAUAAGGAUUUGGUUUGAAUAUUUUAUAAACAAUGAUUGAUAAAUGUAGAAUGAAAACAAUUAAAUUGACAAAGGAAUUUUUAUUAGGAGAGCCUGAAGAAGAAGAUACUGAUUAUAAUGUUAAGUAUUGUGAAGGAGGAUAACAUUUUAUUUCAACUUCUGAUUUCAGAGAACAUUCAAAAGAUAUUUUUUAUAGUAUUUAUAAAAGUGCUGAGAUGAAUAAUUAAUCAGUUUAAUAUUUUCAAAUUGUUUUAACUAAUUUGGUUAUAUCUAGUCCUGACUAAUAAAUCUAGAUAAUUCAAAGUGAAUCAGCAUUAUUUUCAUUAUGUUCAAUCAUUGAUGAAGCAGAUAUUCAAAUCAAUAAUUAAAUAAUAUAACAAAUAAUUCAAUUUAUUUUAUCAUUACCUGUUCAUUAAAACUUUGAUAUCAUUGUUAAGACAUCAUUACAAAUGUUUAGUGAAUUCACAAAUCAAUUAUAAUUAAAUAAUGAGAUAUUGCUUUAAAUAACCUAAUAUUUUUUUAAAUAUAUGCUUCAUCCAUUAUUAGGACCAUUGGCAGGAGUGUAUUAAUUUUUAAAUAUAUUAUUUUAGAGCAUUUGAAUAAAUUUGUAACUUAAGUACUUUGAAUAAUAUUUAAUUAAUUUCUGAAAGUGUUAAAUUCUUAGAAUUACACUUUAAUGAAUUCAUUAAUUAAUCAUAAGUAAGUAAUUAUAUUGAUGGAAUAAUAAAAUUAUGUUAUAGAUUAUUUGAAUAAGGAAAUACUGAAUGUUUAAUAUAAGUAAAUAUUAAUAUAAUAUUAGUUAUUUAAUUUUGCAAAUUAAUAAUUUUAACAAUUAAAAAAUCCUUAGAUUACUGAAAAACAAUUUAAUUAUAACAAUGCUUUAGUUAUCACAAUACUUUAAUGGAUAAAUUUAAAUGCCAAAGAAAAUGAUUAAAUAAAGCAGUUAAUGGAUUUAUUGUGUCAAUCCAUUUUUGAACCAUUGCUUUUUGUUUUAUAAGGAUAAUAAGGUUUUUCUAUUUAUGAUGAAAUUUUUAAAUUGAUUCGAAUUAUACUUAAAGUGUCAAACUAUUCAAAUUAAUAAUAGAUUAUUCAUUUACUGUAAAUUUCGUUUCAAAUAUUUCACUCAGAUCCAAUUUAAAAACAUCAUUGGUUAUAAUUAAUAACUUAAGCUAUUGGUAGGUCUGUUGAUCAUUAAUUUAUUGUUCAAUGGGCAAAAGUAAAUGAUUAUUAAAUUCACUUAUUUUGUAUUGAAUCUUUUAAAUGUUGGAAGGAUCCAGAUUUAAUGAAGGUUUAUGUUGAAUUUGUCAAAGAAUGUAUAAGAUGUUGUCAUUAAGUUCUUUUUGAAUCACCUUACUUAUAAAAAAUAAUUGAUAUCAUUUGUGAUGCAUUUUUAAGUUUGAAUUCAUACGAAAUGUAAAGAGAAAUUUUACAUUUUUUCAAGUAUAAUAUUUAUUAAAUUCAUUAGAACAUUAUUUUAAUAUUUAGAUAAUAACAAAGAAUAUUUCAAUCCUCUAGUUGUAAAAAUCAUAACUACUCUAUUUAUAUCAAUUGGUGAUAUUAAUCCUGCCAUUGUAUUUUAAGUAGUUUAGAUUUUAUUGUUGGUUAUAUAAAAAUAAGUAAAUCCAAAUUAAUUGGAAGAACUCAUUUUUUAAACUUUACAAAAAAGUUGGGGAAAAGAUAAACCAGUUUAAAAAGUAAAGUUAGUAAGUUAAGCAAUAAUUUCAUACUUAGUGAAAUCAGAACAAAAUGAAAUAAAUAGAAAUCUAAGGUUAUUACUUGAGAAUUUAAGACCUAUGAGUGAAGAAGAAAUCAAUUAUAUGCAACUGGAAAUAGUAAUAAAAAGAAAAUGA